CCGACCGAACGCCAGAGGAAAAGAAGAAAACAGAGCAUCGCUUUACGACAAAAAGGAAAGGACUGCAAAAAUGUAUUAAACAAAGAAAACCCAACACUUUACCGUUCACUCUCAGCUCAUUCUCUCAUCUCCACCGAAUAACAAAGAACCUCAACAAAUAUGGCUGACGAACCUCCGCCCUCCGCCGCUCCUCCCCCGCCACCGCCUCAAUCCGCCGCAGAAGAGCUGCCGGUAGCACCGCCACCACCGCCGGCUGCUGAGGUCUCCGCCGAGGAUUCAUCCCCCGCACCGGAGGCAUCACCUACUUCUGGGAAGGAGAAAUCGCUGGCGUCUAUGAUGGAAAAAGACGAGGCUGCUGGCGAGAAGAAAGCAGAAGAAGCGGCGCCGGUGAAAGCCCAAGUUGUAGCGAAAUCGGUGGUUAUCAAAGAGGAGUUCACCGGCGAGGCAGGGGCGGAGAAGAAGGAGAAGCUGAAGGUUCCGGAGUCUCUGGUCUCGUUCAAGGAAGAGAGCAAUCGAGUCUCUGAUCUGUCUGAUUCGGAGAGGAAGGCGCUCGAUGAGUUCAAGCAACUUGUCCAGGAAGCUCUCGAUUCUCGCUCCUUCACCUCUCCUCCGCCUCCGCCGCCGCCAAAGGAGGAGAUUCAGACUUCCUCUUCCGCCGCUACCGCCGCCGCCGCAGCAGCUACGGAAGCUCAGAAAACUGAAGAUCAAAGCUCCGAUGCCAGCACAGAGAUUACUCCUCCGGUGGCUGAAAAGCUAGAAGAGGAAUCUACUGAGCCUGCCGCCGAGCCCGCCGCUCUGGUGGAAGCUGCUGCUGCUUCUUCGUCGUCGUCAGAGGUGUCAAUUUGGGGGAUUCCGCUACUCGAAGACGACAGAAGCGACGUCGUUCUGCUGAAGUUCCUGAGAGCUAGGGAUUUCAAAGUGAAGGAAGCGUUCGCGAUGCUGAAGAACACGAUCCAGUGGAGGAAGGAAUUCAAAAUCGAUGAGCUCGUGGAGGAAGAUCUCGGCGACGAUCUGGAGCAAGUCGUGUUUAUGCACGGCCACGACCGAGACUGCCACCCGGUGUGCUACAACGUGUUCGGCGAGUUCCAGAACAAGGAGCUGUAUCAGAAGACGUUCUCCGACGAGGAGAAACGGACCAAGUUCUUGCGGUGGCGGAUUCAGUUCUUGGAGAGGAGCAUUAGGAAUCUGGAUUUCAGGCCCGGCGGCGUCGCCACGAUCUUUCAGGUGAAUGAUCUGAAGAAUUCGCCUGGACCGGCGAAGAGGGAGCUCCGAUUGGCUACCAGGCAGGCCGUGCAGCUGUUGCAGGACAAUUACCCGGAAUUUGUAGCCAAACAGGUGUUCAUCAAUGUACCUUGGUGGUAUCUUGCAUUCUAUACCAUGAUGAGUCCCUUCAUGACCCAGAGGACUAAGAGCAAGUUCGUGUUCGCCAGCACGGCGAAAUCUCCCGAAACACUCUUCAAAUACAUAUCUCCGGAGCAAGUCCCAAUCCAGUACGGUGGAUUGAGCGUGGAUGACUGCGAUUGCGAUCCAGAAUUCACAUUUGCUGAUCCUGUUACAGACAUGAUCGUCAAGCCGGGGACCAAGCAGACGGUGGAGAUCCUAAUUUAUGAGAAAUGCAUGUUCAUCUGGGAGAUACGAGUGGUCGGGUGGGAAGUGAGCUACAGCGCCAAAUUCGUCACCGAAACAGAAGAUGCAUACACGAUCAUAAUCCAGAGGCCGACGAAGAUGACACCAACUAGCGAGCCGGUGGUGUCGAACCAGUUCAAAGUGAUCGAACAGGGGAAGAUACUGCUGACGAUCGACAACCCAACCGCGAAGAAGAAGAGGCUUCUGUACAGGUUCAAGAUCAUUCCCUUGUCUGACUAGUGUUCAGAGAAUCAGUGACUGUGUUGUAUUUAUAUUUACUAAAUUUUACAUGGAUGUUCUAAAAAUUUCGUGGUGUUAAAGGUGAGUGAGAGAUGUAUGGACGAACUCUUGAGGGCUCCUUUCUGGGUUUUGUUUUUGGCCUAUGUGGUUGUUGUUGCUUCUGUUUUUUGGCAUGUUGUAAAUUGAUGGUAUGAGAAGUGGAUUUUGUGGAACUUAAUUUCUUUAGAACAUUCUUGUACCGGUUGGAUCCACAUGUUUUCUAGUGCGGCAAGGACAAUCUCUACUUCCUGAUUUCAUUUCGCGCAAGUCAUCG